GUAAAUAUUAUUUUUCAUUUUGGUUAAUCCAUAAGUCUAAAUCCUAAAUCUCAUCGAGUGUUGACUUAGAUCAAUGAUGAGAGAGGAUCGAAAAAAGAAGAGAAUAUUAAUUAAACUUGAUAAUGAUGCUCACAAGUCAAAAUCCAUUCAAUCCCCUGAUUUUUCUGUGAUCUCACUUAAAUGUCAAGCUAAACACUAUGAAUGGGGUAAAAAGGGAAGCAGUUCAUUUGUUGGUCAGAUCCUGAAAGACCAAGGAACAACUAUCGAUGAAGAUAAACCCUAUGCUGAGCUUUGGAUGGGAACUCAUAAAUCUGGUUCAUCUUGUAUUUGUGGACUGAGUCCUGGUUUAGAUGGACACUCACUCAGUGAUUUGUUCAUUGCUUUCCCUGAAUUCAUCGGGGACAUGAAUAUCUUUAAGAAAUAUGGUCAUCAUUUACCAUUCUUGUUCAAAGUUCUAUCGGUUGGAAAGCCUUUGUCCAUUCAAGUUCAUCCUGACAAAACAUUGGCUGGUCAAUUAUUCUCAUCUCGACCGGAACAUUAUCCAGACCCUAAUCAUAAACCAGAAUUAUCGAUUGCCUUAACUGCAUUCUCAGCACUGGCUUACUUUCGUCCCCACGAUCAAAUCAUUGGUUUCGCCAAGAAAUACAAAAAAUUUGGUCAAUUACUUGGAAGUGAAUUGCUUAAUGGUUAUGAGAAUAGUGACAAACCUAAUCGACAGAACUGGCUGAAGAAAUGUUUCGCCUCUUUGUUAACUAAAAAGCCCGAGAAUAUCAUUGCGACAAUUAAAGAUUUGGUUAAUCAAGCCAAUGUCGAUACUGGCGAUGAAACCUUGAGACUAUUCAAGCAAAUCGCUGAUCAUUAUCCUGAUGAUGUCGGAACCUUUGCUUGUUUUUUUCUUAAUCACAUUCAACUGAAACCUGGUCAAGCUUUUUUCAUCGAUGUCAAUCAACCCCAUUGUUAUUUAUCAGGAGACUGUAUUGAAAUCAUGGCUUGUUCAGACAACGUAAUCAGAGCUGGAUUAACACCCAAAUUCAAGGAUGUUGAGCUUCUCUGUGAAACGAUGACUUAUAAGCCCAAACGAAUGGAAAAGUUCCUAUUGGAACCGAUUCGCAAUAACGACUUCACUUGGUUAUAUUCGCCUCCAGUUGAUGAAUUUGCUAUUGAAAAGAUCGAAAUACCCAAAGGAAAAUCUUCUGGAUCACAAUUUCCAUUACACAGACUCCAUAGUGCAUCUUUAUUAAUUGUUAUUGAAUGUGAAUCUGGUUCAAUUAACUCAACUGCACUUAAAAAGAGUAGAGUUUAUUUUCUACCACCAGGAUUAAAUUAUUCUUUAUCCGGUUUACGUGGAAGAUUUUUAGCUUUCAGAGCUUUUAUUAAACAAUAAUCAAUUCAAGUGAUUUAGUUUGACUCAUUACAAAGAUCAACUAAUCUGUUCAAAUUGACCUGAUUUUGUUCAAAAUUUCCCUUUUAUCUAAUAUCAUUAUUGAAAUUAUCUUAAAUCUAUCAAAUUGUCAUAUUUCAUUUGUCGUUAUUUCCUUCAAAUUAAACUAAUCAUUAAAUGUUAAUCUUAAUUUUAUCCAAAAAUAAAAGCAAAAUAAAUGGUAA